AUGACAAAAAACCAAGACGAAGCGUUGAGGAGAGACGUGGUGGAGCUAGGAAGUGUGGUCAGGACUUUUUCCAACAAAAAUGAUGGAAUGGAACAGGCCAUCAGGACAAUGGAAUUCAGACAGGAUGCUACUGAAAAACUGCUCAAAGGUUUGGAUCAAAAGUAUGAGGGGAUGAUGAAUAUGAUGGCUCAACUAGUGGCCAAAGUCAGCGAUCGAGGAAAAGAGUUAGAAGGAAGCAGCAGUUCAAAGGGAGAGGAUAGGCCAAACGAAUCCAGGAUGGAUUUGCAGAAGGAGACAGUCAGUAAAAGAGAUAUCAGAGUUAGUGGAAGAUUGCCUAAAAUAGAUUUGCCAAUUUUCGAUGGGGAUAACCCCAGAGAGUGGAUCAGGAAGGCUAACAAAUACUUCAAAUUACAUGAGAUAGAGGAGAACAUGAAGGCGGAGGUAGCUGAGCUCUAUUUCAGGGACAGAGCUGAUAUCUGGUUCCAUGGAGUCUUCCAUGGGAGAGAGACCAUUCCCUGGACAGAGUUGUCUACUGCUAUGAGCAUCAGAUUUGGAGAGGGGAGUCCAGAGGAGGCCAUUGAAGAAUUCAACAAGUUGGUGCAGACUGGAUCCGUGGCUGACUAUCUCGAGAAAUUUGAAAUGCUUAAAGCCCUGGUAAUGCCAUCCUUACCUCACUUGUCUGAUUCUUAUUACAAAGCAUGCUUCAUGAGUGGUCUGAAAGAGGAGAUAGUUAAUAUGGUCAAAAUGUCCAAACCUGACACCUUAGCUGUUGCUAUUGAAAUAGCAAAACUCCAAGAGAAAAACCUCAAAGCUAUCCAGAAAAUGCAGAAACCUGCUACUACCAGUUUCAGCAACCAUAGACCUCCCAAUAAAAUAACCCCAGCCCUCAGAUGGAACCAAAACCACCCAAAACACACCAACCAGAACCAUGACCAGAAAACAUCCAACCAGAACCAAUUCAAAAGAAUAUCCCCUACAGAAUUUAACCUGAGAAGAGAGAAGGGGCUAUGUUAUAAGUGUGCUGAACCUUACACCCUGGGCCAUGUAUGCAAACAAUCACAUGUGCAUUUCCUGUUAGCUGAGGAGACUGAGUCUAGGGAAGAGGUCAGAGAGCCAGAAGAGGAUGUCUACUGUGAUUGCAUUAAUGGGGAACUGACAGAUGAACACAUGGAAGUAUCUAUUCAUGCUUUGGCUGGGGGAACAAGCCACAGGACUAUGAAAUUAAAGGGUCUUGUUAAAGGGAGACUGGUCACUGCAUUAAUAGACAGUGGAAGUACCCACUGUUUUUUGGAUGAGCAACUGACAAGGGAUCUUAAACUAGGUACUCAGGGACCAAACCUGGUUGUCAAUGUAGCUAAUGGAGAGAAGGUGGAUUCCAAGGGACUAGAUAAGCCCUUACAGUGGGAAAUGAAGGGUCACCAGUUCCAACAUGCCUUCAACACAUUAAGGCUGGGGGGCUGCGACAUGAUCCUUGGGGUAGACUGGUUGGCCAAACAUAGUCCUAUAGAGUUUAAUUUCAGAGAACUCAGUAUGAAAAUCCACCAUGGGAGACAAGAAGUGGUGCUACAAGGGGAGGGGGACAUCACCAAACUGAAGGGGCUCAAUGGAGGAAGGUUGGCAAAAUGGCUGAGGAAACAGUCAUAUGGAGUGGUGGCUCAACUGGUGGCAGUAGAAGAAGAAGGAAGUGCAACACAGCUGCCUGCUGAGAUCAGACAGGUACUUGAACAUUACAGGGAUGUCUUCGAGGAGCCCAAGGGAAUGCCUCCAACCAGGGGCCAUGAACACCAGAUUGACCUUAAGGAAGGAGCCAAACCUUUUCAAGUAAGACCAUACAGGUGCCCCUACAUCCAGAAAACAGAAAUUGAGAGACUGGUAAGGGAGAUGCUAGAACUAGGCAUCAUACAGCCUAGCAGCCUUUGCCUCACCAGUACUACUAGUUAA